AUGGAGACUAAGAGUUUGCAAGAGUUGUUUAGCGAUCUGAAAAGUCUUGAGAAGCAAAGUAUUGCUGUAAAUAAAGAGCAUGCGGGGAAACCUUUGGAUGAUUUCAUGAGCGACAAACUGGAGUUCGAAGAGGACUCGAAGGUAAUUGAACAACAAGCGACUUUCCGUGACAUUGAGCUGCGCUUGAAAAGUCUGCCGAAAAUGCAAACAAAUUUUGACCAGCUUUCGAACGAGACUGUUAAGUCCGGUGCUGUCACCAGAGUUGAUGAUCCAGUCUCCAUUUUACACUCGGUAAAAAAAGAUGCAAACUCGAAAAAGCUCACGCUGACAGACCAAUGGUUUACGUUGCCCAAACCCGAGCUCACCAAGGAGCUGAAGCGUGAUCUGCUCCUGUUGAAACACAGGGCUGCGCUAGACCCGAAGCGUCAUUACAAAAAAGACAAGUGGAAAGUGCCCGAAAGGUUUGCUGUUGGCACGAUCGUGGAAGACAAGAGCGAGUUUUUCAGCAGUCGCCUUACGAACAAGCAGCGCAAGAACACCAUGCUUGAGACUCUGAUGACCGACGAAGAUACUAGUCGGUACUUCAAACGCAAGUAUGGCGAAAUCCAGGAGAAAAAGACAAGCGGACGCAAGGGUCAUUACAAGAAGGUUGGAGAAAGAAGAAGAAAGUUUUAA